AAACUAUGCCAUCUAUAUCCCUUGAUAGUGGGGUAUAAAUCAUUUUCUUCGAAUGGAUUAAAGCGACUAUGCAUUAGAUCGGGUUAAAUGGCUAGCCGUAUCAAAUGUACGUGGCAGGAAGGACACCUUGAUUGCUUAAUUGUUUCCUACUUUUUUCAGGGAGGAAGCUGCAAUAUAAAUCAAAAUACAAGAGCAAGAUUGAAUGUUUCACUUAAAAAGGCCACUCUUUUCUCCUAAUGGUUGAAGGGGGAGGGUGGUUUCCAUUCCGUUCUUUGGGACAUCGGAGCCUGAGCUCUUUAGGACUCGAAGCUUAAAAAAUGGCGACGCUAAUUGUUUCUGAUGAUAUAUUAAGCGUUUUUGAAUCUGGGUCUCCCUUGGUUUCCACAAUGGGUUAAGCUUCUCCACUUUUUACUGGAUUGAAGACGUCUUUCUUCGCUAUUUUGACCAGUCCAAUGUACUAGAAGCAGGACCAGUUGAACAGGAGGGGUAUUUGUACCAAAAUCUCAAGCGCAUGAAAUAUGAAAGAGAAAUGCUGGAAAAGAUUGCAAAGUUUGAUUCUCUCUCUUUCUCUCUCCCAACACACACACACACUCUCAUAGACCAUAUACACAGAAACCUAAGAGUUAAUUUUGUGAGAACUUUCUCUGAUUAGAAUUCUUUCUUUUGUCAUAUGGAUGUUCCACUACCUUGUGCAUGGAAAACAAACUCAGGAUAGAGGCGCUUCAGGAGCAACUCGAUGAAAUCAGCCAGAAACUACAAGAGAGACAAGAAAAGAUGAGGUCUUACAAUCCAGAUGUGGUGAAUAUCAACUCGGUUCACGAUGCCAAUGCGCACCGACAAUUUCUUAACGAUGCAAUUCAAAAUAUAGAAAAGCUACAAAUGGAGAUUUUUCAUGAACCUAUAGACCUUCAGAAGCCUGGGUGUUUUCAGGUGCCUCCCGCUGCUACCAGGGAUGCUCAUUUGUCCGCUGAAGAGCUUGUGGAUGCCAAUGGAAACUGGAAUCCACCGCAGGAUGACCAUCAACCCAAAGAGGCACACUUGCCUGUUGGUCCACACCUAAGCCUCGAGUACCUCAGAGCUCAAAAGCACUGGAACCUUCAAGGUCGUGGGCAGGGCAAUGCCUGAGAUUAAACACCAAGUGAGGAGAGUUUCAUUGUCAGGGUCCUUCGUCCAAGUUUUAUUAUGGCUUAUAUUAAUAAGAUCAUCAGCUUCUGUAGUUUACCAUGAUAUGGGUUUUAGCAGAAGCUGUUGCAUGCGUGUUUUUUUCCUUAUGAACUUCGGAUUCUACUCUUGUUUGAAGUUUGGAAGUUGAAUAAUGUUGGAUGUUGGAUGUUGCAAUUUACAUGGAUUUAUUGUUUCUUUAUGCAUGAGUUUCAGCUUUGUGAUAA